AGAUAGAUCUCAUUCCCCUCGCCACCCCUCCGAUCUCCGCUCCCCCGGAUAACACACCCAUCCUAUGACCAUUGACCCCCCACGGCCAUUGAACUCCUUCCCAUUGUUCAUUUCGUGAAGAGGGGGAAGGAGAGACAGAGUGCGCGCGCGCGCGCAGAAGUAGAAGAGAAUGGGCUCCACAGCCGCGGCCACCUCCCCGUUCUUGGGCACCCGCCUGCCCGACUCGCUCCCGGCCAAGAGCGGGGGCCGAUUCCAGGCCCGGUUCGGGUUCGGCGGCAAGAAGAAGACUGCGGCCAAGAAGAGCGCCAAGUUGCCCGCCCCGGACCGGCCGCUCUGGUUUCCGGGCGCCAAGGCCCCGGAGUGGCUCGACGGUUCGGUGGUAGGCGACUACGGGUUCGACCCGUUCGGGCUGGGCAAGCCGGCCAAGUACCUCCAGUUCGAUCUCGAUUCUCCAGACCAGAACCUGGCCAAGAACCAGGCCGCGGAGGUGAUCGGGACCCGGUCCGAGACCUCGGACGUGAAGUCGACCACGCUGCAGCCCUACACGGAGGUGUUCGGGCUCCAGAGGUUCCGUGAGUGCGAGCUCAUUCAUGGCCGGUGGGCCAUGCUGGCCACGCUUGGUGCGCUCGCCGUCGUGUCGCUCACUGGCAUCCCAUGGCAGGACGCUGGAAAGGUGAGAGUCCAUGGAUCCUCCUAUCUCGGCCAGCCACUGCCCUUCUCCAUCACUACAUUGAUAUGGGUUGAGGUGCUUGUGAUUGGCUACAUCGAGUUCCAGAGGAAUGCUGAGCUCGACCCCGAGAAGAGGCUGUACCCUGGUGGCAAGUUCUUCGAUCCCCUCGGCCUUGCAUCUGAUCCCGAGAAGAAGGCCUCGCUGCAGCUUGCAGAGAUCAAGCAUGCGCGCCUUGCGAUGGUCGCCUUCUUGGGCUUUGCCGUCCAGGCCGCCGCCACUGGGAAAGGCCCCCUCAACAACUGGGUCACUCAUCUUAGCGACCCACUCCACACCACCAUCUUCGGUACCUUCUCCUCCUCCUCUUAAAGUCCCAACUCUCUCCUUCUCCAUCCAUUUGUAUUUCCUCUGCGUAAUUUUUUGCAAGGUUGUUAAGUUAGCAGAUGCAUGAUCUGUUGAAAAAAUAAUACCUAGAAAUUGCUAUAUUGUGAUUAUAGAAUGGAGUUAUAAAAGAAUAAUCUAUUAAAAUAAAAAACAAAAGAUUAAAAAGAUUUUGUCCGAAUCAAGGCGUGCGAUCAAGAACGUGAUUUGCCCCUAUGUCCGAGGUACACGAUGUUUCGAGAAUAUGGCAUCCUAAUGGAAACCAACAUUCGCUUAUGAAAUGCUACGCUGUACGUGUACACGCUCGUGCCCAUGCGCGCACGGCACAAGCGAUUGAGCCGAGCUGAAUCGCGCACGCAUGAUCACUAGCCCAAUCCCGUAUAGCCCGAUUUGGGCUUCUAGAAAAGAAAAUCUAUUUAAGCAAGAAGACUUGCUUGUGUCCUACGGACCUGAACCUCACUUGGUAUUGGUAGUAUGUAUGCGAAGAAACUAUAGUAGAUUAGACCUUGAACUAGAUCUUUUAUCUCAAACUUCUACUUAUGACACACAUAGUAUAGAUCAGUUGGGUCUUAGUGCAGUUAAUGCCAUUUAAAGGUCUUGCGUUUAGUACCUUGAUUUUUUAUGAGAAUUUUGUUAAGGUUAAUCCAAACCUCUAGUUAUGGCUUAUACGACAAUUCUCACAUAGGUAAGUCCUCUAAAAAUAUUCGUGACCUAAAAACUUGCAGAAUUUUUAUCUUGGACUUAUUAAGAGUAUAACUCAACCCUUCUAAAAAAAUUUGUUAUUGAUAAGAGCACUCAUCAUAGGGAUAGGAGGAGAUAUAUUCUAAAAGAAUGUGCUUUGACACGAUCACUCAAUCAACCUUGUUUUUACCACAUCGAACCUCCUUCAUAGAAUCUCCAAUCAUAGAGAUGGGUAUUCACUAUUGGUGACCAAAUAGUUUGUUUAAGCCCCAUCCUCCUUGAUGAUUAUAGAACUCUACUCCUAGACAAACUCUUGGUUAAUUGAUUUACCAAGUUUUUUUUUCAGACUUAAUAAAUUUCAAGAAAAUAACAUUACUCUUUUUGAGUUGUCUAACAAAAUAAUGACAAAUCCGAAUGUGUCGAUUCAUUUUGUUGUUAGUACUUUUUUGGUUCGUUAGUUCUAUUAUGGCUUUAUUAUCACAAUAAACUGAUAUGGUCAGAACUGCCCUAGGUACUAAAAGUGUCUCUAGGAUAAGAUUUUUAAUCCGCCUCAGUACAGAUGGUAUCUAGAGCAAUCAACUCGACCUCCAUAGUGCUAUGAGAUAUAAUAUUUUUUUGGAUGAUUCCUCAACAAAGGCAGCACCGUCGAGAAGAAAGAGAUAUUUAGUAGUUGAUUUAAUUAAGAUCAAAAGAAUCAGUAAUCAAAGUUGCAUCACUAUAACCUUUAACCACCUUAGGGUAUUUAGUAUAAAAGAGAGACAGAUCAAGAGUUCCCUUAGGAUAUCAUAAUACACUUUCAGCAUCUAACCAAUGAGAUUGAUUUAGAUUUUGAGUACAUCAACUUAGUCUCCCUACAACAUAGAUAAUAUUAACUCUUGUCCUAUUUACCACAUAUAGGAGAAAACCUAUAAUUUAGGAAUAUCUGUUUUGAUCAACCAGUUCACUUAAAUUCUUUUUGAGAUAAAUACUUGAAUCAUAAGGAGUAGAUAUAGAUUUUUGAUCAGAGUAGCCAAACUUUUGAAUCAUUUUCUUAAUGGAAUGAGCAAGGGAGAGAACUAUCUCUUCAGGAGAUCUGAUUAGCUUCAACCCUAGGAUAAUUUCAGUUU